AUGUCCCAGAAGCAACGAGUGCAUUUCGAAGGGGAUGAGCAAGUAUUUGAAGGCCACUAUUCGGCUUGUGUCCGAUCUCACCGGGUGUCCCAAAAUGCCAAGCAAAUUGCCCUUCGACGGGAAAACAAACCGGAUCCCGUUCAGUGCACUUGUGACACGUGUGGCCGGCUUUUCAAUACCUUGGAGACCCUCAAGAUCCAUCAACGAAUCCACCAAGGCAAAGGCUUUGUGUGCAAGGAGUGCGGUUUCUGGGCCUCUCAUCGCUCAGUCCUCACCUCUCAUAUGCAGAAACACGAACGCGAAAAAGGCACGGCAACCGAGCUAGUUUGCCCGCACUGCGCCCAUGUUUGCUUGGGUGAAUCCCAAUACACGAACCACAUUAAGCGUCGCCACCGGCCUUACCAAUGCACGCAAUGCGUGGAGGUGUGUGUGGGCAAACUCUUGCUCAAUAAGCAUAACUCCGAGGUUCAUGGGGCCAAUCGUUGUGAUAUCUGCGCCAUGUGUUUUUCCACCAACUAUCUCCUUCGAACACACAAACGGAUUCAUUUAGAGCCUUCUUUUGCUUGUCAAUUCUGUCCAAAGAUGUUUAAAUCUGACCGAUGCAAGGCCACCCACGAACGAGUUCACACAGGAGACACCCCAUUCAAGUGUCGAGUGUGCGAUUAUAAGUGCAAGUCUAGCGCCACUUUGAGUCUUCAUAAGAAAUUCAAGCACAACGGAGGCCGAAACUUGAGAAGACCCCUGAAUGUGGACAUUGAGGACGAUGAUCUCUCACACCAGUAGAAGCUUUUAAUGA